GUUUCUGCAGCAGCAGGUCAAUUUAAGGGCCAGACCUGAGCCCUGGGAGGCUUCAGUGGACACCAGGGCUCUGAAGGGCAAAAGCAGGGACUGCUGGGCCCUGCACCAUGUCGACUCCGCAGAGGAGGGCUCUGCCCUGGGCACUGUCACUGCUCUCCAUGGGCCUCCAGCUGCUGGUGACCUACCCUUGGUGUUCCGAAGAGGAAAUGCGUAGUGAUAAUAAAAUGGCCCAGGAUCCUGUGUUCCUGGCCACAGUGGAGUUUGCCUUGAACACUUUCAACGUGCAGAGCAAGGAGGAGCGUGCCUACAGGCUGCUGCGCAUCCUGAGUUCAUGGAGGGAGAACAGCAAUGAGAGAAAGUGGCGAGGUAAGAUGGUGUACUCCAUGAAUCUGCAACUGCGCCAGACCGUAUGUAGGAAAUUCGAAGAUGACAUCGAAAACUGCCCUUUCCAAGAAAGCCCGGAGCUGAACAAUGUAAGACAGGGCACCAGCUUCUCUCAUUUCCACAGCUGUGGAUGUUGCAUGGGGUGUGGCUAUGGCACAGGAGCCGCUGACAAAGCCAUUCUGAGGGACAAAGGCGAGUGAGCCCACAGCAGGCUCCACCAGGCUGCCUUAGCGGGGAGCCCAGUGAGGCAGGAAGCCCAGGGGUUCACUUUCAGGCCCCUGGCCAAUCUGAGUUUCCUUACUCUGCCCUCUGACCCCAUUGCAGCUACCUGCACGUGGGCCAUGUGGCCUUCAGAACCUUCUCUCUGGUCUUCCUCUCUACUUCUUCCCUGUCUUCUAGAGAAAGAUCCUGGAGACAGUGGUGACAAUGUCUGUGGGUGCUAUUCUCAGGGUUUUCCUACCCUGCCCUAGACUCAAAAGUGGUGGAGGCUGAGAAGAAGCCCCCCACCUCACUCUCAGGCCCUGCUGAGCUGCAGCACCUGCUCUAGAGGACACGCUCCAAGGGAAGCCUGGCUCUGGGAAAACUCUUCUCAUUCUUAGUCAACCCCCUUACUGUAAGAUGAACAAAUAGGUAGCUAGUUGCCUAAGCCUGGGAAUUGCUUCCGUGGGGACAAAGCAUUCUCCUGCUACUCUUGGGUGCAGAGAUCACACAGGGACAUCCUAGGGUUCCGCUAAGGGCCACUGGCUGGAGGAGGAGGCAUGGCACAGGUGACCCUGGCUAAGGAGGGAGCCUCAAAUCAUGAUGCGAUUCAGGGUUGACAUCAGGGUCAGGUUAGACCUGAAGGCCGGAGCCACGUGGCUCAAUUGCUGGCCCCAGGAAUGGGCAAGGUGGCGAUGGAACCUGUGUUGAGAGCGGAUGCCACGAGAUUCCCAAGCCUCCCCCCCACCCCCGCUCUGCUGUCUCUUUCUAUGCUUUGUUCCCUCAGACCUUCAGCUGCUUCUUCUCUGUGGAAACCAUGCCCUGGAAUACGUAUUUCGAACUCCUGAACAAGACCUGCUCAGAGGGUCUCUCCUGAGUGGAAGUCACUGACAUGCCUGACCACACGCUGUCCCCUCCUCUACGGACACCAGCUGUUCCCAGGAGCUGACACAUCAGUGGCUGAGCAGCUCCUUGCAUUAUGUGUUCUCUCACUUUGCAAGUGUCUGAAGUUUUAUGGCUUGGCAUUUUAGAAACUUCUCUUUGUCCAGGGUCUUCCUGUAGAGUAGGUCAUUAAACAUCAGCAUUUUCAGAA